GUGUUCGCACACUAGUUGUUGAAACUCCCUCACCAGCUUCAGUGAGAAGGAGAAGAAAAGGACGAAGCCAUGCGUUUCUGCCCGUGCUUUGGAUCCGACGAGGUCAGGGCAAUCGCCGAUCGCGACCCGCUUCUGCUGGUUUCGGGUAUGGGCGGCUCCAUUGUCAAUUCCAAGCCCAAGACAUUCGGGUUCACCACCCGGGUUUGGGUCAGGCUUCUGCUCGCUGACAUGGAGUUCCGGAAGAAGAUUUGGUCCCUUUACAAUCCAAAAACAGGCUACUGUGAAACGUUGGACAAGAAGUCUAAGCUUGUGGUUCCUGACGAUGAUCAUGGCCUCUAUGCGAUCGAUAUUUUGGAUCCAUCGUGGUUUACGAAGUGUGUGCAUUUGACAGAGGUGUAUCAUUUUCACGACAUGAUUGAGAUGCUUGUUGGAUGCGGUUACGAGAAGGGAACCACGCUGUUUGGGUUCGGAUAUGAUUUCCGCCAAAGCAAUAGGAUUGACAAGUCAAUGGAAGGUCUUAAACAUAAGUUGGAGACUGCUUACAAAGCUUCUGGUGGAAGAAAAGUCAAUUUAAUAUCGCAUUCCAUGGGAGGAAUUAUGAUCUUGUGUUUCAUGUCGCUUCACAGAGAUGUGUUUACAAAAUAUGUGAAUAAAUGGAUUUGCUUGGCUUGCCCUUUCCAAGGAGCCCCAGGGUGCAUCAAUGAUUCUUUAUUAACUGGAUUAGAGUUUGUUGAUGGCUUUCAAAGCUACUUUUUUGUUAAAAGGUGGACUAUGCAUCAAUUGCUAGUGGAGUGUCCAUCAGUCUAUGAAAUGUUGGCAAAUCCAUCUUAUGGAUGGAAAAAGCAGCCAGAAAUUCUAGUCUGGCGAAAGCAUACAAAGGACGGGGACAAUAACACCAAUUUGGAAUCUUAUGGACCAACCCAGAGUAUAUCUUUAUUUGAAGAAGCACUGCGGAAUAAUGAGCUAAGCUAUAAUGGGAAAACGAUACGGCUUCCCUUUAACUUUGAUAUACUUGACUGGGCUAUUAAAACACGACAACUUAUCGCAAAUGCUAAAUUGCCAGAUGGAGUCAGCUUCUAUAACAUUUACGGGACAUCGUUGGACACACCUUUUGAUGUUUGUUAUGGUUCGGAAGAUUCUCCAAUUGAGGACUUAUCCGAAAUUUGCCACACAAUGCCACUAUAUUCUUAUGUGGAUGGGGAUGGAACAGUUCCUACUGAAUCUGCGAAGGCUGAUGGACUGAAAGCCACCGAAAGGGUGGGAGUUGGUGCUUCUCAUCGUGGAAUAUUACGAGAUGAGACAGUAUUUCAACAUAUUCAAAAAUGGUUGGGUGUUGAACCAAUGGUUAGCAAGCAAUCUAAAACAUCUAAAGUUGCAGAUGCUGGUCGAAUCGUGCCUAUGGUUCUAUAACUUGCUACUUUCGUUCCUCAUUUACCAAAAGAAAAUUCCAUUCCUUGCUUUACUUUUUCUUUUUUUUUUAAGAAAAAGGAAAAGAGGCUUAGAAAGACUUAAAGUGCAAUAAAUAAUUUGGCGAAUGUUCAGGUAAUCUAGUGUAAUUUCAUUGUAAACGUUAGGGUAAAUGGCCCAUGUGAUUCUUAAAUGUGACAUGCUAUCUAUUUAAUUAUUGAAAGAACAAAAUAUUUACUUUA